AUGUCGAGUUUCGAUCCCGUCGCGUUCGCUAAGGACUUUAUCGCUGGUGGUUGUGCUGCCGCGAUCUCCAAAACCGCUGUAGCGCCAAUUGAGCGUGUCAAGUUGCUGCUCCAGGUCCAGCACAUCUCCAAGCAAAUUGCUGAGGACCAGCGUUACAAGGGUAUGGUCGAUUGUUUCGUCCGUAUCCCAAAAGAACAAGGUUUCCUCAGUUUCUGGAGAGGUAACUUCGCCAACGUCAUCCGUUACUUCCCAACCCAGGCUUUGAACUUUGCCUUCAAAGACAAGUACAAGCAAGUUUUCUUGGGUGGUGUUGACAAAAACACUCAGUUCAUGCGGUACUUUGCUGGUAACCUUGCAUCUGGUGGUGCUGCUGGAGCUACAUCACUUUGCUUCUUCAGUGGUCUUGGAAACUGCUUGACCAAAAUCUUCAAAUCUGACGGUCUUACCGGAUUGUACCGUGGAUUUGGUGUAUCAGUCCAGGGUAUCAUUAUUUACCGUGCCUCAUACUUCGGUUUCUAUGAUACCGCUCGUGGUAUGUUGCCUGACCCCAAGAAAACUCCAUUCCUUGUCUCAUGGGGUAUUGCACAGGUUGUCACCACUGUAGCUGGUAUCGUAUCUUACCCCUUCGACACAGUACGUAGGCGUAUGAUGAUGCAGUCUGGUCGUGCCAAGUCCGAAAUGUUGUACAAGAGCACACUCCACUGUUGGGGAACCAUCUACAAAUCCGAAGGUGGCGGUGCCUUCUUCAAGGGAGCCUUCUCAAACGUUCUCCGUGGUACUGGUGGUGCUCUUGUGUUGGUACUCUACGACGAGAUCAAGAACCUUCUGUAA